CGGCCCCAAAUAGCACUCCAGCCGCUGGGGCUCCCCAUCCUCUUGUCAGAGGCGGCAUCCAGGCGCUGCGGGAUGGCGCUCCGCGGGCCCCCCGGGCCGCGCAAAGUUCGUAGGAGGCGAGAGAUGCUGCCGCAGCAAGUUGGCUUCGUGUGCGCGAUUUUGGCCCUGGUGUGCUGUGCGUCUGGCCUCUUUGGCAGCUGGGGGCACAGAACAGCUUCUGUGAGCAAAUAUGUUCUCCCAGAUACAUGGAGAAAUAGAAGGCUGAUGGCACCAGUGAAUGGGACUGAAGCAGCUAAGAACUGCACAGAUCCUGCGAUUCACGAGUUCCCCGCAGACCUGUUCUCCAACAACGAGCGACAGCACGGGGCCGUUCUGCUGCAUAUUCUCGGGGCUCUGUACAUGUUCUACGCCUUGGCCAUAGUAUGUGAUGACUUCUUUGUUCCAUCUCUAGAGAAGAUCUGCGAGAAACUCCAUCUGAGCGAAGAUGUGGCUGGAGCCACCUUCAUGGCUGCGGGAAGCUCAACACCAGAGCUGUUUGCCUCUGUUAUUGGCGUGUUCAUCACCCACGGAGACGUCGGGGUUGGGACCAUCGUGGGCUCUGCUGUGUUCAACAUCCUGUGUAUAAUUGGAGUUUGUGGAUUAUUCGCAGGGCAGGUGGUCCGUCUGACAUGGUGGGCCGUGUGCCGAGACUCCGUGUACUACACCCUGUCUGUCAUCGUGCUCAUUGCCUUCAUAUAUGAUGAAGAAAUUGUAUGGUGGGAAGGCCUGGUGCUCAUCAUCUUGUACGUGUUUUACAUCCUGAUCAUGAAGUACAAUGUGAAGAUGCAGGCCUUUUUCACAAUCAAACAAAAGACUGUUGCAAAUGGCAACACGGUCAACAGUGAGCUGGAGGAUGUGAAGGAGGAGCCACAGUACAACAAAAACCCAGUGGUGAUGGUGGACGAGGUCAUGAGCUCCAGCCCACCCAAGUUCACCUUCCCAGAGGCAGGCUUACGCGUCAUGAUCACCAAUAAAUUUGGGCCCAGGACUCGUCUGCGGAUGGCCAGCAGGAUCAUAAUUAAUGAGAGGCAGAGGCUGAUCAACUCAGCCAAUGGCGUGAGCAGCAAGCCGCUUCAGAACGGGAGACACGAGAGCAUCGAGAACGGGAAUGUGCCCGUGGAAAACCUGGAAGAGCCACAGCGGGACCAGGAGCCCCCGCCGCAGCCCCCACCGCCUCCCCAGGAGCCAGAGCCCGUGGAGGCCGCUUUCCUGUCCCCCUUCUCCAUGCCUGAGGCAAGAGGGGACAAAGUCAAGUGGGUGUUCACCUGGCCGCUCAUCUUCCUCCUGUGCGUCACCAUCCCCAACUGCAGCAAGCCCCGCUGGGAGAAGUUCUUCAUGCUUACCUUCGUCAUAGCCACGUUGUGGAUCGCUGUCUUCUCCUACCUGAUGGUGUGGCUGGUGACCAUUAUUGGAUACACCCUUGGGAUCCCCGAUGUCAUCAUGGGCAUUACUUUCCUUGCAGCAGGCACAAGCGUUCCCGACUGCAUGGCCAGCUUGAUUGUGGCGAGACAAGGCCUUGGUGACAUGGCGGUCUCUAACACCAUAGGAAGCAACGUGUUCGACAUCCUCGUGGGACUCGGCAUACCGUGGGGGCUGCAGACCAUGGUUGUUAAUUAUGGGUCCACGGUGAAGAUCAACAGUCGGGGUCUGGUCUACUCCGUAGCAUUGCUGCUGGGCUCCGUCGCUCUCACCGUCCUCGGCAUCCAUUUGAACAAGUGGAAGCUGGACCGGAAGCUGGGGGUGUAUGUGCUGGUCCUCUACGCCGUCUUCUUGUGCUUCUCCAUAAUGAUAGAGUUCAACGUCUUUACCUUUGUCAACCUGCCAAUGUGCCGAGAAGACGAUUAAAACAGCCACUGCCCCCUGCCUGGGAGCUGUUCUGGACACUCCGGCGCUGGCGUCCUUUUUCCCUGCCCCUCCCCGCCACGGAUCUCUCCUGCAUCGGCCGCCACCGUCUGUUCUUUCAUCCAUGGGAAGAAAGCGCCAUCGUGGUCCUUGUCUGGUCACGGGCCAGGCUGCCAGGCGUCAUCCUCCUCCUCGGAGUUCUGCCCCCACAAAAAGGCAAGAUUCAGGGGCCGCUGUUGGAGCAGCUUCUCAGAGCUCCGAGCCGCCGGCCAUAGGGACGUGGCAUGUAUCUCCUCUCGGAUGCUUGGAUCAGGAGGACUUCUGUAUGUGGGUUGUCUUUCUGUCGCACGGCAGCCUCGGAAAUGAGGCGGUCAGUGAACGCAAGGUCUCCUGGGGCAAGUGCAAAAUAGGAGCGUUGUUCUCAAGGGGCCCCUCUGGACCAGAGGGUGUGGGUUCCUUGAGCAGCAUGUGUUCCUUAGAGCUUCUUAAUCCUGCUGGAAGCACUCAAGGUUUGGAGAGAGCGAGGCUCAACCUGUCGGGAGUUUGGGGCCAUGACAACAAACACUCCACCCCUUUUCCUGGACAAAUUUGGAAGAAUAGAAACAGUUGUUCACAGCGGAAGAGAGAAAACAAGUGCAUCCUCUUCUCACUUUCAUUGAUGCAUUCAGAGAAUGAGCAAUGACACAGUCAAAAUAAAAUGUCAGCUAUAGAUCAUCAUACUUGAAAAAUACCAUCGCAUACAAAGGACCUUGAUGGGGACCAAAAAGGUAAUACUUAUGGGAAACAGAUCCUAUGUGUAUCAUGUUGCGUUGACACUAAGACGUUUGGUUUGGAACACAGAGAGAGUAGAAGACUAACAUCUAAAUGGGUGCUAACUCAGAGACACAGUGGAGAUAGUACUUUACAGCCACUCAUUCCAGACCUCCUGUGGCAUGGGACACGCUGUCAGUUUCGGUUUUGUCAUUUCUUUGUUAAUGCCCUGCCCUCAACAUCACCCUGUUCAAAGACCCAAUUGUUUAUAUGCCCAACAAAUUUCAUAGCCUGCUGAACUGGAAUGCGUGUGCCAGAAGUAACGGUUAAUGACUAGAAGAGAGAUUUCCUGCAGAACCACCAAUUGCUCUCUGGUGAGCUGGAGGCAAGUAUGGAAACCGUAACUUGGAAAUUUUUAGAGCUAAGGUUCUUGAAUCUCAUCGUUUGCUAUGCAUGAAAGGCCAAAGAUGGGAGGUUAAUUCAAAAAUAGAUAGAAACAUAUUAAACAAUUCUGACUGCUUCGUAGCUCUCAAAUAUAUAUUAAAAAGAUUUACGAACACAAACCAUUUGUGGUUUCUGAAAAGAAAGCACAAUUCAUUUUAUAGAGAGGUGUCCUUUUUUAUUUUUUUAAUGUUUCUAUUGCAAAGAGUCUAUCAGAUUUGAUGCACUUUUAAUACUGGGCUAUUUUGCACAGAUGACUGUAUGGGGAACGCCCCAAUGAUGGUAUGAGGAAAGGAGGGUUUUAAUGAUUCACUGAUAAUUAGUCAUGGGUGAUGAGUGUAGAUCCAAUAGCUGAUUCUUUCCUGAGACACAAUGGUUGUAACCCGCAGUGGAAUCUGUGGCUGUGCUCUCUGUGGCCUCCUGAAUUUCAGAAGGAGGGCAUGUUUAAGCUUGUGUUCCUAAAAUUUCCUUAGCAUGAGCCUCAGACAUGACAACUCCAUCACCAGGUUUCUAUUCUGGAUCCUCAUCAGUGUUAGUAGCUACACCAAGUCAAGACUUCUUUUGUUUCUCUUCUUAGAUACUCAGUGGUCUUCCAGUUGAGGACAAGGGUCAUUUUCCUGAGAAAUUAGCUAAAUGGGCGGCCAGGGAGCCCCAAGCUUCAUCAGCAUAAACGUUUAGACGCAGAGGGUUUCAGAGUUGUCGGAACCACUCUGUGCCCACAGAGAAUAGCCACCUCGUCUCCUUUGUCUUACAGCCUCAUCCAGGUUUCAGAGCAUAUCUGUCUCCGUUUUUGAAUCUCAAAACUGCCCUGUGAUGUAAGUAGGGAUUAUUUUCCCCAUUUAACAAGAAGUUCAGUCUUGGAGAGGUCAGGUGACUCUAGGUCAAUGGCUAGUAAGUU